CUCUGCCUCUCCUGCUCGCUCCCGCGGCGCGUUGGCCCAGACCAGGAGCGCGCACGUCGCCGCCACGGCUCCCUGCAGCUGCUCCGGCCCGGCUCUCGCGGCCCGCUCCGCCGUCUGCGCUUCUCCCCCGCCGGUCUCUCUGUCUCGCCCGGCCGCCUGUGAAGAAGGAAGCCGGCGGCGGCGGGGAGGGGCCCCAGCGCCCCGCGACGCGUCCCUCCGACGACAACGACGACGACAACCCUCGUCGAGCUCGCGCCUCGCGGACCGAGCGACCAACCGCCGCCGCCUUGUCCCCUCCCCUCCCCCUCCGCCCUGCCAAGAAUCCCUCAGAAAAUGAUGCAUCCUGUUGCCAGCGGUAACUCCCCUUUCUGUGGGCCUGGGAAGAGUUCUUGCCUUAAUGAUGACAACGUGACACCCACUGAUCAGUUUGAUUUGUAUUCCACACAACAAACCAAGUAUAGCCACACUGUCAGCCACAAGCCAAUACCAUGCCAGAGACAAGAUGCGUUAAAUGAACCACAUUUGCAGACCACAAGUGGCAGGAGUAUAGAGACGAAAGAUGAUAUAAAGAAAAAGAAAAACCUCAACAGAUCCGGUAAACGUGGAAGACCUUCGGGGACCACAAAAUCAGCGGGCUACAGAACGAGCACAGGUAGACCGCUGGGGACCACCAAAGCAGCUGGAUUUAAGACAAGUCCAGGUAGACCCUUGGGUACAACUAAAGCUGCAGGAUACAAAGUCAGCCCAGGGAGACCUCCAGGUAGCAUUAAAGCUCUAUCACGGCUUGCAAAUCUAAGUUAUACUUGUAGCAGCGCAGCAUUUCCCUAUGCUGUGGUACAUAACAGAGGAGUGCAUGCUGCUGGUGAAACAAGUAGCAAAAUCAAGCAACCCGCUGAGUGAAAAACGAGGAAUUAAGUAACAUUUCCUCAGUAAUUCUUUUUAAAUUAUCUGAGUUGUGGCAUGUUUUUUUCACUUCUUUUGUAACGUUUCCAUAACUUACUUUCCUACAUUUUAUUUUUUUAAAGAUGUCAUAUCAUAAUCACUUAAUGUUUCUUACGUUUACAAGCGGACUCCUCAGUGGUGCCCUUGUCUAUUUCCAGAAAAUAAUUACUAAUAUUCUAAGUGUCAAAGUUAUUGUCUGGCCAUUUUAGUUAUGUGGUUAGCAAUUCAACUAGCAGAAUUCUGCAUCCUAGGUUAUUUAUAGACAAAUUAAAGACUUGGUCAACAAGUAACCAGAAUAAACUAAUAGAAACCAAUUAUUCAGGACAGAAUUACCAGGAAUAGUUCUGUAAAGUUUGCAGUGUAUGUGUCUCUUUUUUCUUUUCCUUUUUGUGAAUAGGAAGAAGUAGAAAAAGAACUAAAAUUUCCACAAUGGCUGGAACUUAACACGGACCUCAAUAUUUGUAGAUACUUCAAAAUUUCAAAACUAUAUUUUUUAAAAAGUGGUCAUUCCAGGCAGUCAUUGCAUUAAAGUGCUAUCAGUUUCAAGUAAUCCAAACAAAAAAAAUCCUGUGUAGCACCUGAUAUAUAUCCAAAGUGCUAUUUUCCAUUAAAGUAUGGUAGCUCUCCUGCAUAUGCUAACUGUUGGACACUGACUUAAAAUUUAUAAAAGCCUAAGACUACACAUACCAAAUCAAAAAGAAUUAAAUAUUUGAAAUAUUUUAUAAUUUAACUUCUAAAAAGUGCUAUCAAAUAUGCAAAUAAUGUACAGGUGUAGUAAAAGUUGUGGCUGAGAUUCUGCACAUUUGUGUGCUCAUAAAUCCAGUCCAUUUAGUGACAUUUGGCAUACACAGAUAUAUGUGAGAUUUGCCCUGUGUUCUCAAAUCUGUCAAUAAAUGUACACAUUUUAAGUGACUGCAAUAUCUGCAUAGAUGGCAGCAGUUUUUUAGGAUUUCAAAUAUUUGGUGUGGUUGAAAAUUAUACCUUUCAGAUAGAUAAUCUUGUCAUGUUUAAUAAUUUUGCCAGUGGAAGUCUUAUUUAUCACACAUACUGUACUAAGAGAGCGUAUAUCUACCAAAGGAUGACAUUUCAUGGAUCAUAAUUGGAAAUGAUACAGUUGAUGCACACAAGCAAGUUGCAAUUUGAUGUGUUUAUAGACCCCAGAUAUAUAACAAACUAUUGGAAUACAUCUAUGCAUGGAGGUGCAGAACUAUACAUACAUUUUGACAUUUUGUGCACCUAAAAUAAAUGUUCUGCAUUGAAUUGGAUAUGUGUUGUUAUUUUUAAAAAUGUGUAUGUCUGAGAGAGAGACACUGUAUAAUACACACAUUACGUUGUAACUGAAUAAACUCUCAAUAUUGAAUAUAUUCCAAAUAUUUCUUUAGAACUAAAACUAUUCUGAAAAUAAGUUUACAUAUAGUUAUAGAUUAAAAAUUUAAAUUUGUAUCUUCAAAUACGCAAGAGAGAGGCUAUAGAUAAAUAUUUGCUAAUUCAUGGGGACAGACUUCUUUCAGGUUAAUUAGAGAGAUGAAAAUAAACAGUAUUGAUUCUUUUCCUUUGUAAGAUAAAUAUUGUGGCCUGCUGACAUUUUGAUGACAAUUCUGAUUUUAGUAAUGACAACUUAAGAAAUGGAUGUCAUUUCAUGCCUUUUUUAUCAGGAAAAAAGCAGCAAGCCUUCAGGUGUUCCAGUGAUGCCUAACUCAUAAUGAGCUGGACUUUAUCCUGUAUUUUAUAAUAGGUGUGUUGAAUUGUUUUGGGGGGACUUUGUAUGCACUGGCAACCUUGAACCUCAACAGUACUGGAAGGCUCUUUAUUCAUGUAAACUAAUGGCAGCUAAAUGCUGGUAAAAUAAUUUUUUGCUGAAGCUAUGAAGUCCAUUAUAUAUUUCCUCAAGAAACUUCGGAAUAUGAAACUCGUACUAAUUUUCCCCACAGUGGUGCAACUUCUGACACACACAGUGCUAAUGUGAGCUAGUUCACCCUCAGGACAUAUAUUGUGUUGGCUGUUUUGUUAGAUGGUUCUUUCUUUUCCAAUCCAGAGGCUGCUUCAGACCCUUUCUGAACUCUCUCUAGGAAAGCAGCUGAAUGUAAAAACUACAAGAACGGCACACCUUACUGGCAAGGAGCAAGUUGCAUGUCACCAAUGUACCUUUGAGUAACUCUACUUACCUCCUCCUGUUUUUUAAAGCUACCCUUUUAUUUCUCACGUGUGCAUCUCCUCAAUGGUGCCGUGCAGUGUGUUGGGAGACAACGCAGAUGCAUUAUUGCUCUAGUAUAAUGAAUUUUGUAUUCACGUAUGCUGAGAAAAUAAUGAACUCAUCUAAGCAAUUUAUGUUCAUUUAUAGUGCUUAUUAAUUAUAUCAUAUGGAAAACUUACCCAUUAAAAUAACUUAAUAUUGUAAGUUGGGUGGGGGGCAGAAAAACCCUCUUUAAUUUCUCUAAAGGGUAGUUUAACGCCUGGAUUUGUCAAUGAGGCCAGAAAAACACUGUUGGGCAUUUCUUGAUUCCAGUUCAUUUUAUCCUCUACUGCGGUUUACAAGUGCCAUGCUGUGGGGGGAAACAGAAGUCAAGAACUUGAGAUGUUUGAAUGGUAUAUUCAAAUAUUUUUGCUACUCCUGUAUAUAAUCUCCAGAAUACAUUGUGUUUUUCUUUUUUUCUUUUUUUUUUUGUAACACUCUCUUGUCAUGACAAACACUGAAACAGCAUGUUAAUUCCUAUACUUUGAUAUUAUUGGAGAGGGGGAGGAGGAAUGUCCCUUUCUCCUUGUAGUAUUAAUACAUGAUUUGUAAAGCAAAUUGAUAAUUUUAUAUUAUAUAAUUAAUUCUGCUCUUCAUAAGUUAGGAUUGUUGAUGUGUAUUGGCACUGUUCAGAAAAUCUACAUGUCAAACUUGUGUUCACUUUUCUUUUGAUUUAAAAAUAGCUUUUUUCACCUUUUGAUAAAGCAAUUAGCAUAAUUAAACAUUAAGAGAGAUCUACACUACAGCCGCUAUUUUAAACACUUACCGAAAUUGCUGUUCACUUUCUGGUGAAAUUUACUUAAACCGUAGAACCAAAUAAUUUUACUUCUAUUUUUGAAGUCUUGCACUGGAUAUUUUCAAAAUCUUUACACACACACAAACAAACAAACAAACACAAACACUGCUGUAAGUUUAAUUAGGGGCUAACUAUUGUGAAGGUGGCAUUUUUAAAAAGACAGGUAAUUUUCUUAAAUGCAUCCAGGUUCUUUCAUGUUUUGCAAGUUUUGAGGAUAGAACUUCCUGAUCAGGACUCAUCUGGCAUUUCUGUUUUGCAGUGGUCCAUUUCAAUUAUGUUUUGAAGUUGCUUUUGGUCUUAGGACAAACCCAGCAAGUCAGGAUAAUGCAUAAGGGAUGAGAUAUUCCCUAAUCUACAAUGCAGAAGGCAGUUAAUAUCAGAGCAUUAACUUUUGCCUUCUUUUGAAAGACAUAGUAGUAGAGAUAACUUUACAGCUAUUUCCUAAGUUGUCAUUUUUGUUUUUAUUACUGUAUGUAUAGAGCAGCAUCAAUCAAUUUAUUAAAUACAAAACAGUUUCUUGUAAUCAGAGUUCUUGGAUUCCACUUAUAUUCACAUUAUGUUUUAUUAUUAUACAUAUAUUUAACAUAGUUCAAACAUUAUUAUACAUGUAAGAAAAUACUAGAGCGGCCUUUCCUUCUGAUUUUUUUCCAGAUAGAUUAAUCUAGGUUCUGCGAUGUGUAAUCUAUUUCAUCUUGAAAGUUAUAGUAAUUUUAUGAAAUUUUCAGAAAUCUGCUUAAAUGGGCCGUUUUAAGAUUCUCAUCUUUCACUGUUUGCUUUUCUGAUGGGAUGGGUUAUUUUGGUGGAAACAGUUGCUCAUUAAUUAUCACCCUGUCUUCUGCUGUAAAAAGUCUGAUUAGAUACUGUGUAUGUUCUUAUGUCCAUGAACUUCAGCUACUCGUGUGCAAUUGUCUGUAUGGGAAUGGAGUAGUGUUCAUGAUCUGUAUUUACGUCAUCAUAUGGAUGUAUAUUUAUUAAUAAAGUAAUUGCUUUAAACACCAAA